AUGAAUCAAGAGUUAGUUUGGAAUUUCGAGUAUACUGUUGCUCACGUUAGUGAUUACAUAUCAGAAUAUAUGAUAUUUAAUCUAUUCAAACCUGAAGACAUCAAAAAUAUAUUGAAAGCUGCAACACUAACUCCAGAUGAAUUCAUCGAUUUAAUGAGGCAGUCAGUACCUACUGUUAAAGCUUCCGAUCUAUAUAAAUAUACUCGAAAUACAAGAAUUUCAAUAAGUAAUUUAGAAGAAGUUAUUAGAGUUCUCAAAACUAUUCAAAAAUACAUGAAAUUGAGAUAUAUUGACGCAAUUAUUAAUAUUUUCUGUCAAACGAAUGAAGAAAUUACAUCUUCAAAAGCAAAAAUAUCGAAUCUUGAAAAUCAAAUUGAAAAACUUAAAUCAGAAUUAAACAAAUUAUUAAACAGCGAGAGAGAGAAUUUAUUCCUGAGAUCUCAAAUAAAGAAAGCCGAAUAUAUAAUUGUUCAAAAUAACAAAAUAAACACCAAAUUAAAUAGAAAUAUUGAAGCAAAAGAAGCAAAAAUUGUUCAGAUUAAUACAGAAAACAAGAAACUAAAGCAAUUCAUCAAAGAAAAAGAUGCAAAUAUUGUUCAAAUUACUGAAGAAAACAAGAGAUUAAAGAAAGCACUCGAAGAAAAAGAAGCAAAAGUCGGAGUGCGGUACAUUUUAGGAAAAAUGACAUUUUAA